AUGGCCAGCCGCGCGCCCGUAGUCGCAGUCUGCCACGGCGGUGGACCGAUGCCCAUCCUGAAUGAUCCCGGGCACGCGGGACUGAUAAAAUCAAUGAGGACUCGAGUGCCAGAAAUUCUAGGCCUGGGAACCGCCUCUGCCCCGCGAGCAAUUGUCCUCGUCACGGCGCAUUGGGAUGAGCGGAAUCCUACUAUCAGUAACGGAAAGAAGCAUAGCCUGUAUUAUGAUUAUCAUGGGUUCCCGCCUGAGACGUAUAAGUUGAAAUAUGACGCCCCGGGAAGUCCUGAGGUUGCGGCUGAAGUCUAUGACGUGCUUCAGAAGGCGGGGAUGAAUCCUCAGACGGAUGAUCAGAGAGGCUGGGACCACGGAGUCUUCGUCCCCAUGCUCCUGAUAAACCCCGCGGCCAACAUCCCCAUCAUCCAACUCUCCGUGCUAUCUUCCGCCUCCCCCGCCCAACACUACGCAAUGGGCCGCGCCCUCGCACCCCUCCGCGACACCGGCGUCGCUAUAGUUGGUUCUGGGAUGCCGACUCUCCAUAAUCUCCGGCUUAUGUUUUCCGGGGCUGCGAAUGACAAGAGUGUCCAGAAGAGGAAUAAGGAGUGGAGUGAUAAGCUUACACAGACGGUGGGUUUAGAGAGUAGUCAGGAGAGGGGCGAAAUGCUGAAUGGGUGGAGGGACUGGGUUGGUGCGAAGGAGGCACAUCCCCAGGGUGGUGAGGAGCACUUUUUACCGUUGGUGGUUUGUGCCGGUGCUGGUGGGGAUGGGAAGGCUGGGGCGUUUGGGGAUGAGGUUAUGGGAACGAAACAGUUCACUUAUUAUUGGAAAUAG